AUGAAGAAACGAGUUCCCAUGCGCCUCGACCUUUACAGCGGCCAGCUUGAUCCGGAGCAAUGGCUCUCUUCUCUUUUGGACGCCACCAAAAGACAGCGGUACUCGUCACCUGAAGAACAAGACGCACAUCUAUGCCAAGCCUUCGCCGAGCAUCUACAAGGCGAAGCCCUAACUUGGUUCAUCCAGCUCCGCACUGAGUCGAUCAAAUUUUUCGACGACCUAGCGGCCGCCUUCCUAAAACAGCAUCUCCAGUUCGCCGUCAACGACAUCGUCCUGCGAAAGUCGGAUAGCACGACGGAUCGUGCCGGCAAGUUUGGCUUCCAUUGGAGCGGCCCCUUCCGCAUCGCACGAGUGGUCAAGCGCGGCAUCUACGAGCUGGAGGAUAACUUCGGCAACACGUUCAACCGCACGUGGAACGCCAUCGAUCUCCGCCGAUUCCACGACUAG